AUUAAACUGCGAAUUAUUUUUUUCAAUUCCAAACCAUAGUCUGCGAAUGAGUAUCGAAAACGAGGUGAAAUCCAGUGGAAGGCGACGGAUCGAUGCUGCGUCCUGCUGUAAAUCGUGAUAAAAUCUGCGUUCGAUGAAAUUUUCAACAGUCCCCUGAAUAAUUUACACGCGGAACUCGACACGCGACAGCCGAUAAAGCUCGACGCUUCGCGUACCAACGAAUCAGUACGUUUCAACUCUGCUGGAAAGAAAACUCUACCUCGCCAUGUCCAGAAGAUUCGGCAAUAAGAACGAGGAAUUUUUUUAUUUUAAUACCAAUCGCAACGGUAAAAUUCCGAAACGAUUGACCAGCAAAACUAUCAACGUGAACGCGAAAUCGGUUGCGGAGAAAUCGCCGGAAAUGGAGAAGAAAAUUCUAACUCCGCAAGAUGUUAUCAAUGAUUUCUUGGAGAGCACGUCCGUGCAUGGAUUGCAGUACUUUGCUAAAAUAGAUAUCAGGGUUGGAAUCUUGGGGAAGAUUCUGUGGACCUGCGCCAUGCUCACUGGAUUUGUCUGUAGGCGAGGCUCCCUUUUUAUUACGGAUCGCGUUGAACUUCGCAGGGUGAUUAGCAUAUGUUUUGUUUCAGGUUUAAGCCUGAUGGUGGUGCAGUUUCUGACCCGCUAUAGGGAAAAUCCAACCAACACCUACAUCAAAACUUUCACCGCCCCGAUAUUCGAUGUGCCGUUUCCGGCUGUGACCGUUUGCCCGCUCACCCCCGUAUCUCUUCGCAAGCAGUUGAAGAUUUUGGACAGCGCUAUUUUGCCCGAGAACAUGAGCAAGGAACUGGCGAUGGAAUUUUUGAAACGUGGUCGGCAAAUAACGCUUCCCUACAUGGCGAAAACGUUCGAGCACUCCGAUAAAUUUCAAUCAUUCUUGGAAGCGAAUAAAUGGAGCGUAUUGGACUUUCUCAAGGUUUUAUACCCUUGCGACGAAAUUUUCGAAUCGUGUCGGUGGAACAGCGAACGCACAGACUGCGAUAAAAUCAUCAAGUACGCUCAGAGCUCUUACGGUUUGUGCUGCUCCUUUAAUUAUGUUCUGGAGAAGUACGUGGGACGCGAUAAAACGCAACCAAAAAUAAUACCACAAAGCUCGGUUGGUUUUGGUCCAUGGAGUGGUUUGAAGCUGGUGAUAAGGAAGGAAAUACUUAGCUCUGCUUUAGAGGACAAGAAUGGAACUGUGAAUCUGAGCAACGAUGGUGUCGGGCUACUUAUACAUCACAGCAUGGAGUAUCCGGGACUCAAUACCAAUUUGUAUGUUUUACAACCUGGACACAAUUUAGAGGUCGCCAUACAACCAACCAUGAUUAAGAAACCAGCCGGAAUGUACCAUCGCACCAUGGAAGGCAAAUUAGUCCCUGUCUGCAUACCGAAUGAGGAAAACAAUCUGGAAUAUUUACCGGUCUAUCGAUAUUCAAACUGUUAUGCGAAUUGUAGAAUCAAGGCCAUGUUAAAUAUUUGUGGAUGCUUACCAUACACCUACGACUAUUUAACUUUUCAUCAUAAAGUCAAUCAAUGCGAUACGAAUGGAUUAAUCUGUAUCCAAGAGAACAUGAAAUUCAUCGCCAUCGUGAAAGACAGUGAGAACCAAAAUUUCUCGUGUUUCUGUAGAACAUCGUGUAAUAAUGUAGACUACGAAAGUUUUCCUAAUAUCAUAUCUCAGAUUCAUACAGGUGACUCGCCGUUUAACAACGGAUCGGUCAGAAACGCCGUUUUGACGGUCUUCAUGGACUUGCAGUCUCACCUGGUAUUGGAAACGCUCCCGGCUGCCGACGAGAUCUACCUUUUAGCAUCGAUAGGAGGAAUCUUCAGUCUCUUCCUCGGAUGCAGCUUCCUCAGUUUAGUGGAGAUCAUUUACUUCGCCGGUUUACUCUGUCGUGCGAUUUUCUUGAACCGUAAAGCUAAAAUCGCCUCGCAACGGGAACAAACAACGCGGGAUAAUUUUAUAAAACGACGCACUUAUUGAUUCCCAAUAAAUUCAUUCGGUUAAUAAGCAGGCUAUUGUGUAACACUCUCCACCGAAACGGAACAAGCAAGAAUCUGGAGCAAUUUAAUCUAUUUCGAGCGAUUACUGGAGCGCCGUCAUCUCGCGUUCAUCCAACCUCAUAAAAAUAUUUACUACCUU